AUGCUUUUUACGUUUGCAAAUCCCGAAGAAAAAAGAAUCUAUGAUCAAGUACUUGAAAUUUAUGUCAAUGGUAAACUGGUCAGAGGUCAAGGUAAAAAAUAUGUGAUACCAGAAGGUAGCAAGGAAUCAUCAGUUGGUCAUUUAACAAGUAGAAAAUCUACAAUUAUUCUCAUGGUACUUGUAACCAAUUUAUUCCUCUUCUUUUAA